AGCCGCCACCAUGUCCCGCUCCCACCGGCAGAAGGAGUACAAGUGCGGGGACCUCGUCUUCGCCAAGAUGAAGGGCUACCCCCACUGGCCCGCCCGGAUUGACGAGAUGCCAGAAGCUGCAGUAAAAUCUUCCUCCAACAAAUACCAAGUCUUCUUCUUUGGGACCCAUGAAACGGCAUUCCUGGGGCCCAAAGACCUCUUCCCCUAUGAAGAAUGCAAGGAGAAGUUUGGGAAACCCAACAAAAGGAAAGGGUUCAGCGAAGGCUUGUGGGAGAUCGAGCACAACCCAACUGUCAAAGCCUCCGGGUACCAGCCUACUCAGAAGAAGACCUGCCCUGAGGACGCUGAGCCAGAGCAGGAGCCAGAGGGUGAUGGGGAGAAGAAGGGCAACGCAGAGGGCAGCAGCGAUGAGGAGGGGAAGCUAGUGAUCGACGAGCAAUCCAAGGAGAAGAAUGAGAAAGCCGGGAUCAAGAGGAAAGCAGAAGAUGUUUUGGAGGACUCCCCCAAGCGCACCAAGGAGAUGGAGGGGCAGGAAGCAGAGAAGAAGACAGACAACGAAGAGGCCCCCAAGGAGGAGCCGAAGCCCAACCCAGCCGAAGAGGAGAAGGAAAAGAACAGCGACGCUGCCAGCGUGCCGGAUGCCAAUGAAGCCAAGCAGGAGGGCAAGGAUAAGGCAGAAGAGGUCAGAGACCACAAGGAGAGCCUGUAGUGGCCUCCCCGGCGAGCUGAUCUCCCGCUGCCCCUACCCUGCUGGGCUCCCGGGGUGUUGCCCCAUCUCGCCCUCGUCGCCUCGUCACGUCCACGGCUCCGGAAACAGGAAACAAACAGAAAAUGAAAUUCAAAAAAAAAAAAAAAAAAAAAAAAAAAAAAGAAAGAAAGAAAGAAAUGAAGAGAAACCCAGUAAUGAGAACCCCUGAACCGACCGACCCGCAUCUCCUGGCCCUGCCGUCGCGGGGCGCAUGCUUUGUAUUAGUGAUUUCUAGGGGGCUGAUCAGUUGAUUUGAAAUAAAAGCGAUUCAUGCCUUUUUAAA